UGAUCUUUUGUCUUUGAACAAAUAUUCCUUCGAGAAAAUAAUUAUGAGAGAAUUAAAUAUGAAAAUGGAGGUUGUUUUCAUAGCUUCAUUGAUAUUGGUGUUUUCUAAUUUAAUUGAAGCCUCAGAAGGAAUGGAUGUUAUGCAUAUUGCUGGCAAAGUUCUUUGCCAAGAUUGUACUCAAGGAUGGAAUGAAUGGGUUGAUGGUGCCAAGGCCAUCAAAGGUAGCAUAGUAUCUCUGACAUGUCUGGAUGAAAGAAGAAGAGUAAUGUAUUACGGAAGUGACCUCACAGAUGAAGCCGGAAUUUUUGACUUAAUUGUUAACCAAACUUGUCAUGGCAAAACAAUUAAGCCACAAAAUUGCUUUGUGAGAUUGGUUUCUUCACCUGACCCUGUUUGCAACAUUGCCACCGACUUUGCCGGAGGAAAAUCCGGCGUAAAGCUCCUCCGUCCAACGGUGAUUUACCGGGAUUUGCUCAAAUAUGUGCUUAGCCCUUUCUACUACACAACUCCAAUGUGUGAUGAACCUAAUACUAAUGAUGAUGAUAAUUUGGAGACUGAUGAUGAUAAAAAUCAAAACAACUACUAA